AUGAGCAACAAGCCACUCAACGAAGCUUCUCAGAUGAACCAUGAAACCGAAAGUCCUCCGGUGAAGCUGUUCGACGACGCCCCUUCAGGAGAUAGCGGAACUGGGAGUGGUAGUGAAAGCCCCCCUCCUCCAGAAACUUUGGACAGUGGUCAACAGCCAUUGGCUCCCGACAGCGCGCGGACAAACACAACUACAUGUACUCGUGCCGGCGGUCGAGUCAUAACCACUGUGCUGACUAGUUCCAAGUCUCCUCACGUCGCUACAUUGGAUAGUGGUCAACAACAAGUGAUCGAGAAAAAGGUUCUUUCCACAGAAUUGUCCUCAGGAACCCCUAAGCACUCCGGUGGCACUACAAAGAUAGACAGCAGAGACGUAGACGACCGAAAACCAGCAGCCAAAGAGAGCCACCAGGUCCAAACAGAUGACAAGAACAAACAUGACAACAGCAAGAGUAAUGAUACGAUCAACAUGGAUUCUGCUUCUACUGCGCUUGAAAACCUCGCAGCAAGGUUAAACAACCCUCAACAAACUGGUCAGCUAAAGUUCCUGCCAAAGGAAAAACAGUCACACAUCAAAGGAGAUCUGGGAGAAAAGAUUGCAGCAGACAGCAAAAUACCAGCAACGCCAAGCUUCAAAGGAACAAGCCACGACAGUUCUACUUUUGCUGCUCUUUCUUCUGUGGAAGAUCGACUGAACAACCCAGGACUUUCAUUCUUUCCGUCAAAAUCAUCUGGACAACACUCAAGUGGAAUCAUUCCACCCACAGCAGAGCAAGGACAAAUGCCUAUCACAAUUCCUGCCAUUGAAGCCAAUGCCGGUACUACUGGUACUACUUCAGGCCGUCCAUCGCUGACCCAACAGCAUGUUCAGCCGCCUGGAGCAUACAUCAAUGUCCCAGGAGAGUCCAUGAGACGAACCCUUACUCUCGACUAUGGCUUAUUUCGUGUGGCUAUUGAUGAUACUUCCACUGAUGACCCACGUCCGAAGUCGCACAACAGACCCAGUACCAUGGUACUGUGA